AUGUACAAGCUCAUCACUCUAUCUCUACUCGGCCUCACAUCUGCUUUGCCUCAGCGAAACCGAGGCGGAAAUCGUGGCAACGGCCAACAAGCGACGGCCUUUCAACGAGCUGCUCAGAUCCCCCAGGGCAUCUCCCAAGCUACCGAUGGGUCCACGAUCUUGGAUGAUACUGUGAUGGUCAACAAUCUUCCUAUACGAUUCAAGAUCUCUGCUCCGGCAGAUCAAUUCCUUCCAGCUUCAGGUGUACCUGGUGCAGCAGCCACAUCUUCAAACGGAACUUUGGGGGCCAACGUCCUGCUCCAUGGCGAUGGAGGACAAAGCUUCUUCGACAUGCCAAACCAGGCUGUGCAGGCCAACACUAUGGGAGUCGCCCUUCUCGCGCCUGACGACAAUCUUUUCUGGGGUGGAGGCGCUGGUCUACAGCGAACAGACGGUGUAGCACAUGCGCAGGCAGUCAACGACUUCAUCCAAACUGAGCUACCCCAGCGCGUUGCAGUCAAUAUGUCGAACAUUGUAUUCACAGGUGUCAGCGGAGGUAGUCUUAUGAUGAGCGGCUUCUUCAUCCCAGCACAAAUGCAAAACUACCCAAACAGUGCCGUUGAGCUCAACUGCGGAGGCAUGCCCCCGCAAGUCCAGUUUCAAAAUGCGGCCACCGUCAUGAGCCAGACUAGAAUUCAUUACCAGUCUACACAGAGCGAGCUCCAGCUGCUUCAAGGCAGUAUCCCACAGGCUGUAGCAGCGUACGAGCAGCUUGCAUCCGAUGCAGGUUUGUCGGCGGCUCAGAUCAAUCAGCUGCAAACUGUAGACAACACACCUGCUGGCGGACACUGCGAAUUUGAUGGUUUGGACUUUGUUUCUGGUGUGCAAACAAUGUCUUCGAGCUACGCGAGUGUAAUGCAGGGUGGCAAUGGUGCGGUCAAGGGAAUUGGUGCGCCUAGCACCGGCGUAGUGACAACGGGUGUGGUUGGGAACGAGAAUUUACAGUUUGUCGGUGGAAGGAAGCGCUCAGAAGAGGCCAAGAGUAUGAUACAGAUGAGGUGGGCGCAAGAGGUUGUUGAGGAGACCGAGUUCAAGAUGUUGGCAUGCGAUCGGAGUUUGUGCUCCGGUGACGAGCCCCGAUUCUAAGAGUUCUACGAUUCAGUACAUAUAUUUCCACGUCUGGCGGUGAGUCAGCAUAAAAAAUCUUUUUUGUCAAAUAUCUCUAGCCAGUAUCCACAUUGUCAUUUUCAGGUCGCGAGUCAAGUCGAGUCAUACAUCCAUCACUGGAGGUCGGGGUACAGGUUGUGGUUUGGUCGUAAUGUUC